CAUUGUGCCAACCUCCAUCAGCAGCCGAAGGGUUAAACCGUGGAGCCUGUUGGUGAACGCUCCAUCCAACCGUGCUGUGUCGCUAAGGGAAGAAGAUAGGCUACUUGUGGAGAAGCAACAGCUCUCCAGCUGGAAAACAAGCCCCCACAUCUGCACGGCUCGCGAGCUUUGAGCGUCUUCAACAGGCAGGUCUCGAGGAAUAUCUGAUUUAAUGCGCGAGCGGAUUCUCCUAUGUCCUGGUCUUGUGAGUAGGAGUGGAAAACUUGUCAGAGAUAAUUAAAGAUUUUGUUGUUGUUGAAUUUGACUAGGAUCUGAGGAGAAGCGGCGAGGAGUGACACGUGAAUGUUGCCUCAGGAUGAGCGCGUGAGUAAUUAGUCGGCGUCUUUUGUUUUAAUUAGCAUCACCUGUGUGUUCAUAGGCGGGAAAUUAGUUUAUCUUCUGAAAGCAUCGUUACAUUAAACACUGAAAACAGAUUUACGGUGGUUUUGCUGCAGUUAUAGACUGCUCUGUAACAGGUGGUUCUUGCUGAGCGUCUCCUGGACUAUUUCGUGAGAAUUUUUUGCUAAGUGAGAUAUGCCAGCCGUGAUAAGGACUUGUGUCUGAAAUGACGGCGCACUUUGCGUUAAUUUUCUGAUAUUUGUUUGAGUGGACACAGUUUGAAACCGAGGAGUGAGCAGCCGGAAGGUCUCUGCUUCUCAAUGAUAAGCUCGGUGUGCGUUUCGUCUUACCGAGGGCGCAAGUCAGGUAACAAACCUCCGUCUAAAUCAUGUCUGAAGGAGGAGAUGGCCAGGGGGGAAGACUCCGACAAAAUUAUCAUCAACGUGGGCGGCACUCGACACGAAACCUACAAGAGCACCUUAAGGACCCUGCCGGGGACCCGCCUGGCAUGGCUGGCAGAACCGGACACGCGGGCCAGCUCUGACUCGGACGCCCCUCCGCCCCAAAGUGUCACCGAGUUCUUCUUCGACAGACAUCCGGGCAUAUUCGCCUACGUGCUGAACUACUACCGGACAGGGAAGCUGCACUGCCCGGCAGAUGUCUGUGGCCCUCUCUUCGAGGAGGAGCUGGCGUUUUGGGGGAUUGAUGAAACCGACGUGGAGCCGUGCUGCUGGAUGACCUACCGGCAGCACAGAGACGCAGAGGAGGCCCUGGAGAUAUUUGAACCACCUGAACCGGAUGACACCGACGAUGAAAGAGAGAUGCCGAGGCGGUUUGGGAUCGAGGACUGUCCGGAUAGGUCGAGGGGCUGCUGUGAAGUUUGGCAGCCGAAGAUUUGGGCCUUGUUUGACGACCCGUACUCGUCCAAAGCAGCCAGGGGAGUUGCGUUGGCCUCUCUGCUCUUCAUCCUGGUGUCCAUCACCACCUUCUGCCUGGAGACACAUGAAGCCUUCAAUGAACUGAGGAACCAGACAAAAAAGGUGCUUGAGGGUAAUGUCACCCGUAUCGAGCAGACAACGGUGAUGGUGACCAAUCCCAUCCUGACCUUGGUGGAGGGCGUCUGUGUGGUCUGGUUCACUUUUGAGUUUCUGGUGCGGAUCAUAUGCUGCCCGGACAAAGUGUUUUUCAUCAAGAACACACUCAAUAUCAUUGACUUUGUGGCCAUUCUGCCGUUUUACCUGGAGAUGAGCCUGAGUAGUCUGCCAUCCAAAGCUGCCAGUGAUGUGCUGGGCUUCCUACGUGUUGUACGAUUUGUUCGGAUCCUCCGAAUCUUCAAGCUGACACGGCACUUUGUCGGUCUUCGUGUUCUGGGCCACACACUGAGGGCCAGCAUCAAUGAGUUCCUCCUCCUCAUUAUCUUCCUAGCACUGGGUGUCCUCAUCUUUGCCACCAUGAUCUACUACGCUGAACGCGUUGGAGCCAAGCCCAACGACCCCACGGGCUCCAACCCUACACACUUCAAGAACAUUCCCAUCAGUUUCUGGUGGGCCGUGGUCACCAUGACUACGCUGGGCUAUGGGGACAUGUACCCACAGACGUGGCCGGGCAUGAUGGUGGGGGCUCUGUGCGCACUGGCUGGAGUAUUAACCAUUGCUAUGCCGGUCCCAGUCAUUGUCAAUAACUUUGGGAUGUACUAUUCACUGGCCAUGGCCAAACAGAAGCUGCCCAAGAAGAAGAACAAGCACAACCCAAACCCUGACGCUCCAACCGACUCUGCAUCGUUUAUAAAGUCAGAAACAAACUCUCAUAGAGACAGCACUCAGAGCGACACAUGUCCACUGGCUGCUGAUGAGAGCGUCAGCAGGAAUCGUUCAGACUCCAAGCAGAACGGAGAUGCUAAUGUGACUCUUUCAGAGGAAGAAGGCUGCAGUCUGACCCAGCCAUUGUCCCCCAAUGAAAAGUGGUCCUUGCGGUGCUCCAGAGGCCGAGACAAGACGAAGAAAGAGACCAGCUGCCUCCUCUUAACCUCUGGAGAUCCCAACGUCCAUACUGAGAGUUGUAAUGACAUCCUUGCUGCCACUGGAAACUACGCUCAACCAGAGGUCACCACCCUGACCUGAUUCUGAUCGGUGUGAAGCGAAGAAGAGAGCAUGAACGGUCCAUGGAGAACAUGCUGUGCAGAGUUCAACUCUGAACCCUUCUUUUCUCUGAUUCAUUUAUGAACUGCAGACUGAAACCCCUUUUAUUCUGGACUAGAUUUUGUUUCUGUUUAUCAUCCAAAACCCGGUGGUACACAGUCAGCUGCAUAGCAGUUAACUGUAAGAACAGUCAUUUAAGUGUUACAUAAGCAUGUGUUGCAUGAGCUAGCAUUGUAUGUACUAAAACUGGCUCCAUGGUGGUCUAAUCAUUCAGUGACAAGCCAGUUUGUCUUUAAAGCCCUAAAGUCAUAUUGAUUAGUUUCAUAUUGUGAUCAGUAAGGUCCCACAUUAUCACACAAAUUCUACCAAAGUUGGACAUUUAUUGUUUUCCUUUUCCAGGUUUCUUUUUCAUAUUUUUUUCCUCAGAUCUCUUCUUGCUAUGAAGUGGACGAGGCCAGACAGUGUGUUCCAAAUAGCAUCCCUCCAUUAGUAUACUUUAGUACAGUAUAUUUCAGCACUAAUCAUGACAUGCUAGUGUUAUCCUAAAUCAUACACUGAUGUGUAGCACUUGGAAGUGGCGGCAGUGGAACCUUCUUUUAUCUGUAUUUCUGCUACUUUUUCAUGGGUUAUUGUGGCGGUCAACAGCUAUCCAACUGACCAGCACUAACACUAAAGGCCUUCACACACUGAGUCUGGGUAUUUGGCCCAACAUUUUUACACAUUAGAUAGGAGAAUCAGUCCCAUGUUGUGUUAAAUAUGUUUGCUUACUGACACUGAAACUUUUGCCCAUCAUCUUUUUUUUUUUUUUUUUGCAUCAGUUAAAGUACUUUAAAUAGUGAUUUAUUACGCAGAGCAGCUCCCUUCUCCCUUGCACUGACACUUCUCUUUAAAGACCACAAUAUGCUUGUGUGUUUUCUGACUGUCAACCAUAGAACAGAGACUGAAUUGAAAAGAUGCUCUCAUCUCUCCAACUUGCCAGAGCACUUUAUGAUGCUCAAGCUGGUAUGGAGAUCUCUGUCAGGACUGAUGGACCCGGCAGGUUUUUCCAAGAAGCCACAGAAUCAUCUUCCUUCUUUUUCUCUUUGCAGUCCAAAAACAUUUGUCAAAUUCCACAAUUUUUUUGCAGUUAACCCUUUAUUGGGCACUUAUUGAAAUACUUGGAAAUUCAAAAUUUAAAUCGUAUGUUAUUAUUAGUGGACAUCCCAAUACUUUUUAGGUUUUAUCACUUAUAUACAUAUUUUUUCAUUAUAAUGGUAAAAAUCAGGGUCAACAAAUUGACCAUAUAUGGUUUCUUGCCAAUUUAUGGUAAGAAAAAAAAAAUCUAUAGUGUUUACAUAUUCAAUGUUAAUAAUAGAAAAAAAACCACAUAACCUACAGAGUCAAAUGAGUAUUUACUUGUACAUACAUGAGUUAUUUCUAAUACAAAAUAUUCAUUUUACAAGACAUUGUGAGGUUGCCUUUAGAUUUUGACCUAUUUUAGAGGAAAGAAAUGACUAGCUUCAGAAUAAUCUAUAACGGUGAAACCAACUGUUAUAUCUUUAAAUUCCAACAGGAAACCUAUAAUAAUCCCAAAUAUUGAAAAUUAAGUUAAUUUAAGCUGUAAUGAGGUUAAUAAUAAAAAUAAAAACUUUUUUUUAAUGCCAUUUAAGUUUAAUAAAACUGUCCUACUGUUGUUAAACUGACUAAACGCAUUUCCUUAUGCAAACCUUUUAUUUUUCUUUACAAUCAGGAAAUGUAAGAACAUCACAAAUAUUAAAUGUCUAAAUUGAUUUAAGAAGAAAUAAGGCUCAGUAAAAAUAAAAACUGAUAUGAAUCACACAAUACAACUGUUAUAAGGUUAUAAAUUCACUUGUUCCUAUUAUUACUUAUUGCUUGAAAAUUUAAAUACAACAGUCAAAUUUAUCACUAGGUCACUUUCUAAUAUUUAACCUGGCAACAAUUAGCUAUACUACAGUGUUCUUAUCCAACACUAUAAUAGGAUAUUAGUCAAGAAAAGGCCCUUAGUAUGGUUGCUAUAAAAUGGCCAUAUCUCUUAAUAUAGACAUCAUUUUACACCCCUUUAUGGGCAUAUGUCCAAAUAUGGUUCCUCCAUUCACCUUUUAUAAAAUGAUCUUCAUCAACUUACCGUGGUUGGUUAUGAUUUUAGGGCCUUUUCUUUUGGAGUAAAAGUGACAAAAACAGCAUUUUUGAGUUCUGGAGGAAACAGGAAGCUUGAAAUGCUCUGGGCCACUGCUGAUUGGUUGGUAUGAUGUCACUUUCUGUGACGUUGACUGAUCUCCACUGAUUUGCGAGAAAAAAAUCAUUCUGGUUUUACUGUAUUACAGAGAGUUGGGUGAGGCCACAAAGAAAGUCAACUGAAAUGGUAAUAUAUGGUUAAAUGCCUUGUAAAGGGUUAAUACAAGCAAAAUGCAUCAGGCUCAGUGUGCAAGGUUAGAUUUUGUGAUACUUUUAUCGAAUUACAGAUUAAAAAAAGGCAUCAGAAAAUAGUGGCGUUAGUGUGCAAAGACCUUUACUGACACAUUUUUGUGGAUAUUUACUGUCAAGAAUCUGGCUAAACAUCUUAAACUGGAGAAUUUUCUAUAGUAAAUACAACAAUAUAUCUCAUAUAAACCAAAAGCUCACAACAUUAAUGCCUUAUUUAAAUGCCAUUGUUGCUAGUAGCAUGUCAGCUAGCUAGCGAAUGCUAACCCUAGAUAGCAUGCUAGCACACUAAUGAAACCAAAUAAUUACAGCACUGCUAUAACACUGAUAUGGCAUUUGUUUAGAGUUGAAGCAUCCAUUUUUCUGUGACCACUUCUUGGAUUGUUUUAGUGCACCACAUUUUCACAUCAGUGUGAACAGUCUUUGUGUACUUAUUCACUCAGAAUAUUAAGUAUUUAGUACAGAAGUAUGCAAUUUGGAACACAACUGGAUUAUUUUGUUAGGCCGACCACACACUAGACUAUUUUUAAAUCUUAAGCAAUUCUAAAACUGUUGGAGAUUCUAAAUUAACACUAAUAGAUACUGACCUAUUAGGGAUGUAUUAAUGCACCCCACUCACCAUAAAAUAUGAACUAAAAUUCUGGUUUCACAAUGCAAUAUUAUUAGACCUUCUAAAACUCAAAUUUUGACAUUGGAAUGAAGUCAGUCUAUGGAUGUAUUUGAUUUUUUUUUUUUUUUUAAUUUCUCUGACACCCUUAAAACCAUAAUCUUCACUUUCAUCGGUUAUGUCUGUACAGUCUACAGAUGGAAUCUUCUGUUGGUUAAAAAAAAUCUCAAAAUUUGUAUAAUUUUCAAAUCAAUUUUUCAAUAUUUGUCAACAUUUUGAAUGGUAUUGUGAGGUAUUGUUUUAUACCUGUAAAAACCUUGGCUUUUGCUCUUGAAGUGAAUAUUAUUUAUAAUAUUAUUAAUAUUAUAUUAUUAUAAGAGGAAGAUUAAUGAUGUGAAAAAAGGUUUCAAAGUUUUUGUACCCACCUGGCGAGAUUCUGUUAGCUUGGAUUUUUUUUUAGAAGUAAAAUACAGACAAUAUUUUGAGCUCUUGUUGAAUCCAACAAAGAAAGCUUCAACCUUUUUUUGCAUUACCUUGUGUUACUUUGAGUAUAAGCAGUCAGACAUUUGUGAAAAUGUUAAGCCAAAAUGUGAUUAGAUUAACAAUUUAAAUCAUUGUCUUAUCCUCCACUAAAGUAUCCCAAAUUUCUCUGUCGCUUUCUGCCUUCUGCCACACCACUCACCAAAGGGACAACAUGCAGGUGUUGAGACCUAACAUUGGAUGAAUGAUGCUCAGGCUAUGCAUUGUGUGUAAAUCCUUGUACAAUAAGAGAGUUUAACAAAAGAGGAGCAAAAUCAAUGGAGCAGUAUUGUUUGACAUUAGCCGUAUACAAUUGAUGCAUCACUGCUGGUUGAGUCCGGACCAAAUGUAGGCUCUAUUAGAUUACUUUUUCAGUACCACUGUUAGUAGAAACCCGUGCAGUGCACUGCCAUCAGUCUCUCCUGUGCCUCAUGCUGAGUAAUGGAGCUUAAACGUAUGCAGUAGUGUCAUUAGAUUUGUUCUUUAACACUUCUGGUGGUGUUGGAUCUGUAGGAACCUUGUUAGACGUUUCCACGUGGAGAGAAGCAGUGGGAGUGUGGUUUCUGUCACUCGUGUCUUAUAAUGUAUUCCUCAUGGUCUACCAUAGUGGCCUUAUGUUGAAGAAACAAAGGGAAAAUCAUUUCAUCUUCAUUAGACCGCUGCUCUAUUUCUACGCUGACCUUGAGGUCAUGUAAUUAUGUAUAAGCACAGUUGUACGUAUGUAGCACAGUAGGAUAUUCUUGAUUAUCAAACUAUUUUCUUCUCUGUAUAUGCUCUGGUAUGUAUCAUGAGAUAGCUGUUUAUUAAUACUGACAGAUUGUUAUUUUGAUAAUUCCUCUUACCAUAGCCUAAUUUCCUGUUUCCCUUGUUGUAUAUACAGUAGUUGAAUGUGAUGGAAAAGCACAUCAGAAACAUUUCUUCCCGUUAAAGAUAGAAUAGGCAACUGUGAUGAUUUAAUACAGCCCAUCUGUCAUGUGUGAGUGUGUGUGAGGUAUAUCAUGCAGGCAUGUGUUUCUAUGCAGAAAUACAAAUAAAAACCAUUUCCUCCUGGUGUUGAAGAUA